UGUGCCCUCCCGCAGGUCUGGGUAGAUGCUGGGACGCAGAUCUUUUUCUCCUAUGCCAUCUGCCUGGGUUGUCUGACUGCUCUGGGAAGUUAUAACAAUUAUAACAACAACUGCUACAGGGACUGCAUCAUGCUUUGUUGCCUCAACAGUGGCACCAGCUUUGUGGCUGGCUUUGCCAUCUUCUCAGUCCUGGGCUUCAUGGCAUACGAGCAGGGGGUGCCCAUUGCCGAGGUGGCAGAGUCAGGCCCCGGCCUGGCCUUUAUCGCUUACCCCAAGGCGGUCACCAUGAUGCCUCUCUCCCCACUGUGGGCCACCUUGUUCUUCAUGAUGCUCAUCUUCCUGGGCCUGGACAGCCAGUUUGUGUGCGUGGAAAGCCUCGUGACUGCUGUGGUGGACAUGUACCCCAAGGUCUUCCGGAGGGGCUACCGGCGGGAGCUGCUCAUCAUGGCUCUAUCCAUCAUCUCCUAUUUUCUGGGCCUCGUGAUGCUCACGGAGGGCGGCAUGUACAUCUUCCAGCUCUUCGACUCCUAUGCAGCCAGUGGAAUGUGCCUUCUCUUUGUGGCCAUCUUUGAGUGCGUCUGCAUUGGCUGGGUGUAUGGAAGCAAUCGCUUCUACGAUAACAUCGAAGACAUGAUUGGCUACCGGCCAUUGUCGCUCAUUAAAUGGUGCUGGAAGGUUGUGACCCCCGGGAUCUGUGCGGGCAUCUUUAUCUUCUUCCUUGUCAAGUACAAGCCUCUCAAGUACAACAACAUCUAUACCUACCCCACCUGGGGCUACAGCAUCGGCUGGCUCAUGGCCCUGUCCUCCAUGCUCUGCAUCCCACUCUGGAUCUUCAUCAAGCUGUGGAAGACCGAGGGGACGCUGCCUGAGAAAUUCCGGAAGUUGACCAUCCCCAGCGCUGAUCUGAAAAUGCGGGGCAAGCUUGGGGCAGGCCCACGGACGGUGAUGGUUAAUGACUGUGACGCCAAACUCAAGGGCGAUGGGACCAUUGCAGCCAUCACAGAGAAGGAGACACACUUCUGAGACACACCUGCCACCUCGGAUGCCUCUCCUUCCUUCCCUCCCCGACCCCGUGUGUAUAAAUGAAUACCUGAGACACAUACUUCCCCUAAUGAUAGAGGCUUGCUCGUUUUGCACAGGAUUUAUUAACAAGUUAAUUUUAAGGUG